AGAACCUUUUAUCACUACUACUACUGCCAUCUUUUGCAGGGGAUGUGAAUCGUAAUCUAACGCUUUUUGUCAGUUACUCAGGCACAGGCAGUCCAUACUGUCUGCCCUCUAAAAUCCAAACUCUCUUCUUUGACCAUAUUAUUUGGUUUUUUGCCUUACAACUUCUUGAUAAUAUGGAGUCUCAAAUCCCUACUUUAGGUUCUAAAGAAAUGGAGAGUAAUAAUGUUACUACUAAUUGGUCGGUUCAAGAAGAGGGGUCGCCUCCAAUUAGGCUAAAUCUUGAGCUUGGAAGAGGGUCUUCGGGUCAGAAACUUGACGGCCGUAAAAGAUCAUUUCUUGGUUUCACAAUUCUUCAGCUUCAAGAGCUUCAACUUCAGGCCCUUAUCUACAAAUACAUAGAGGCCGGUCUUCCUGUUCCUUAUCACCUUGUUCUCCCCAUUUGGCAGAGCUUCUCUAACUCCUUUGGCAACUACCCCACUUCUAUAGGAAUUAGCCCGAUGUGUUUGGACUCUAGGAAAGGCAUUGAGGCAGAAACAUGGAGAUGCAGAAGAACAGAUGGGAAGAAAUGGAGGUGUGGGAAAGAAGCUCUUCCGCAUCAAAAGUAUUGCGACAGGCACAUGCAUAGAGGUCGUCACCGUUCAAGAAAGCUUGUGGACUCUACUCACUAUAAUAGUCCUACUAAUAAUAAUAAUAAUAAUAAUAAUAAUAAUAAUAAUGAUAUAAAUAUUGGUCGUGGUACUACUACAACUUCCAACAAUAUGACGAGUCAUGGAGAUGUUGUUAAUAUUGGUUCAAACUUGACCGACCUUUCCAUUUCACUCCCGGUAAGCGCCACUUCUAGUGCUCUUUUUCCAAGUUUUGGUUUUUCAUCCUAAAAGAGUCUAGUUCUCCAUGAAAGGUAUUAGAUAGCCUGAGAAGCUUUGUGACAAGUUUUGUAAACUUUUUUUGAGAGUUUUGGCUUCCAAGUGGUUUUGCAAGAUAAUGUUUAA